AGUUACAGACCUCCCUUGAUCGUGUCUUCAUCGAAGGUACGGCAUAAAAAUUACCAAAAAUAAAAAAAAAAAUUGUACACCGUGCAUCGAAGGAAGCCGGAGGUUUCAGCCUUGUUGGUCUUCGUUUUAUCAAUAGUUCACUGUCGAAUAUGUCACUGCAACAAAGUUCCUCGGAAUCAUCUCUUAAAAGCGGCAAACCAUCCGCAAGCGAUUCCAAACUCAGUGACGAACUUUCGAGCAUUGUAUUGGGCAUCGCUGAGAAAGAAGCCUGGUUGCCAUCACCAAUCGAUAUCAACAUCAACUGCGCGGAAAAACUUACGCUACCGGAUUUGCUAUGGCAUGGAUAUGAUACACUUCCGAGCAAAAUUAAGCUAACCAACACUGGCGAAACGGUCAUUCUGAGUGCCAAGUGGCCAGAGAGCGCAAUACCCUACCUAGAGGGUGGUCCUCUGGAAGGUCGGUAUGUCUUCUCGCAGCUUCACUUUCAUUGGGGCAACACGGCAGUCGAUGGUAGCGCACACACUAUAGACAAAGCUCACCUUCCACUUGAAAUGCACGUCAUUCACUUCAACACCAACUACGAAACCCAAGAGGAAGCUCUGCAGCAUGUAGGUGGAGUUGUCUCGCUAGUCUAUUUCUUCAAUCUCAAAUCAUCACCGAACAAGUUCAUCCAUCCAGUGAUCGACAAUUUGAAAGAAAUUGUGUUCCCAGAUUCAGUAUUCAAACCUGAACUUUUUCCAAUCCUGGAUUUGUUCCACACUUUUACCAACGAUUACUUCCUAUACUGGGGGUCGACACGUGCCACUUCGCGAAGUCAUCCGAUUCUGUGGUUGAUAUCCAGGACGCAGGAGUGCAUCGACUUCCAUCAGUUGACACAAUUCCGGCAGUUACUUGAUCAAAGGAUGAGAGUUAUUACGCGUCAACCCGAUCCGAUUGCUACCCUCGGAGAUAGACACUUGUUCCACGUGAACCCGUUGACGCAAUGCUGUAACUCAACGCUGUCGGUUUUGCCACACUCCAAGUAUCGGAACGACCGAUGGCUGGUGGAUCGUAUGAACAUAGACAUUGGAUCACCUGGCGGUUGUAAGCAAUUUAUCGAAACGCUGCGAAAAGAGAUAAGGAGCAAAACUGUUUAGGAGUGUGCAAUUCUAAAGAAACAAUUUUUAAAAUUUUAAGUGAAUCACAAAUAAAAAAAAGCAAGUUCAUUCAGGAGUUGAUCUGAUGUGGCCUUA